AUGUCUCUCUUCACUUCCUUUCUUCUUCACUAUUUUCCUCUUUCUCCUUUUCUCUAUUAUAUUCUUUCUUUCUUUCUUUCUUUCUUUUUUUUUGAUUUAUCUUUAAUUUUUCCUGAUUCUCUUUCUGUUUCUCUCUUUGACUAUAUUUUACUCUUUUUUUGUCUCUCUCUCUUUCCUUUUUAUUCUCUCUCUCCUUUAUCCCCUCUCUCUAACUUUUUUUCUUAUUUCCCUCUUUUCUCUCAUACUCUCAUUUUUUCUUCUUUCUUUCUUUCUUUCUUUCUUUCUUUCUUUCUUUCUUUCUUUCUUUCUUUCUUUCUUUCUUUAUCAAGUUUUUCUCCCUUCCUCUGUCAUUUUUAUGAUUUUUUUUCUCUCUCUAUUCAUCUCAUUCUUUAUUUUUUUCCCAGAUUUUUCUUUCUCUUUUCUUCCUUUCUAAUUAUCAUUCUUUCUUUAUUUCUUGUUUUCCGUUUGUUUCAUACUGUCUACCCCACUUUUACUCUAUCUCUCUCUAUACUUUUUUCGUACUUCUAUUUUAUUUCAUUAUCCCUCGCAUCUUUCUUUCUUUCUUUCUUUCUUUCUUUCUUGUUCUUUCUUUCUUUCUUUCUUUUUUUUAUCUUUCUUUCUUUCUUCCCCCCUUUCUUACUUUUAUUUUUCUUUCUUUCUUUCUUUCUUUCUUUCUUUCUUUCUUUCUUUCUUUCUUAUUUAACCAUCGAAGAUAUUUAUUCUUUACUAUUUGAUCGUAAUCUUUCUUUCUUUCUUUCUUUCUUUCUUUUCUUUUUUCUUCUUUCUUAUUUAACCAUCGAAGAUAUUUAUUCUUUACUAUUUGAUCGUAAUCUUUCUUUCUUUCUUUCUUUCUUUCUUUCUUAUUUAACCAUCGAAGAUAUUUAUUCUUUACUAUUUGAUCGUAAUCUUUCUUUCUUUCUUUCUUUCUUUCUUUCUUAUUUAACCAUCGAAGAUAUUUAUUCUUUACUAUUUGAUCUUAACCUUUCUUUCUUUCUUUCUUUCUUUCUUUCUUUCUUUCUUUUCCAUUCCCUUUUCUUUAUCUAUCUAUCUAUCUAUCUAUCUAUCUAUCUAUCUAUCUAUCUAUCUAUCACAGUUUGGUCAUAUCUAUCUAUCUAUCUAUCUAUCUAUCUAUCUAUCUAUGGAUGUCCCUUACGAAGAUCUCACAUCUCGAUCCGGCCGACAACAAUUCGAUUCUUGCCAAUUCAGCCCGCUCGUUUUUCCUUUCUCAGCAGCGUAAAUGCUUUUCACCAAAACGGUGUCCAGGGUGGCGAGAAGCAGACGACAUUUUUGACAGCUCUGUACACGGCUUUCUAUUCUUUCGCAGUUAUUUCUUUUUCGUUUAUUCAUUUUCAUUCACCAUCUGUUCCGACAUUUUAUUUUUCCUUUUUCAUGGCCUUCUUUUUUUUAAUUACUUUUUCAUUCUUUCUUUUUUUUUAUCUUUCUUUCUUUCUUUCUUUCUUUCUUUCUUUCUUUCUUUUCUUUUCUUUUCUUUCUUUCUUUCUUUCUUUCUUUCUUUCUUUUUCUUCUUCUUCUUCUCUCAUAAUUGUUUCACUUUCUUCUGCUUCUUGCCCCUCUUUCAUAAUUCUAUCCCCAUCCUCCCCGUCUUCUUUCUUUCUUUCUUUCUUUCUUUCUUUCUUUCUUUCUUUCUUUCUUUCUUUCUUUCUUUCUUCUUCUUCUUCUUCUUCUCUCAUAAUUCUUUUCUCCUUCUUCUUGUUAGCCUCGCAUAAUUCUAUCCACAUCCUCCUCGUGUUUCUUUCUUUCUUUCUUUCUUUCUUUCUUUCUUCCUUUCUUUCUUCCUUUCUUUAA